UCAUUCAAUUAUUGUGCUCUACUAAGCGGAUAUGACCGCCUUCGGCUUUUACUUCCGGCGUUAAAGUUCGUAAUCAUCGGAAACAGUCUGUAAAUUGACUGUCUGUUGUACUAGAGCGGCUCCAACUACCGGAGACAAAUUCCUUGUGUGUUUUGGACAUACUUGGCAAAUAAAGAUGAUUCUGAUUCUGAAACCCGCAGAUAAGAUAAUUUAUGAAAAUAUUCUCUGUAAUAACUAUCAACGUUUUAAUAUGUGACUAUCUGUAUAUUUUUGGGAUAAACAUUACACUUUUAAAACAAUUACAUUGUGAGCAAACCCCUGUUGUCGAAUUUAAAUUUCGGAGUUGAAUUUUGUUUAUCGUAUUUCACUUCCGGGGUCAAAUUCGUGUUGAUACUCGUUUUCGAGAAGCUCACAGCUAAAUAUACAUGCUAGCCUAAUGGCCGAGUUAGACAUCGGAGAGCACUGUCUAAUCGAUUCUUGUCACCAACAAGAUUUCCUUCCAUUUGUUUGUGAUUCCUGCAAUGGAGUCUACUGUCUUGAACACAGAAGCAGAGAGGCUCACUCAUGUUCACAGGAGCCUGUGAGAAGGGAAGCCCAACCAGUGGGUGGCAGCACAAGUCAUCCAUGCUCCUUCGAGGACUGCAAGGGGAAAGAACUGCUUCCUGUCAUCUGUCCACAGUAUUACUCUAUGCCCCUCCCCCCUCCUCGCAGCCACCGUCAUCAAGAUGAUCACAAGUGUGAGAAGCUGGAGGUCCAAAAGCCACGCAUGGCGGCCACUAAGGAGCUGGUGCAAAGGAUUGUGGAAUCAAAGGAUGGAUCCAAAAGCAAAGGACGAAAAGGGGCAAAGAGCAGCGCCACAGCAGCCAAGGUCGCUCUGAUGAAACUGAAGCUUCAUGCUGCAGGAGACAAGAGUUUACCACAGACCGAAAGAACCUACUUUGAAGUGUAUCUGCCGAAAGGGUGUCAUGCGACCAGUCAGCCCAUGUUCUUCUGCUCCAAAUGGAGCGUGGGGAAGGUGGUGGAUUACGCCGCCUCGCUCGCUUCCCUCAAGAACAACAACAAUGUGCUCGCAGCUAAGAAGUUACGCCUCUGCCAUCCCGAGACGGGGAAGCCUUUGCGUAUGGACGAGAGCCUGCACGCGGUACUGACCAGCCCCGAAGACCCCCUGCACAACGGGGGUAACGUGAUCCUUGAGUACCUGGACAACCACAGCACGGGUGUGGAGGACGUUUGCAACUAUAUUGCACUCAGAUGACUGAAUGACAAUAAAAUACAUUGGGCACGGCUAACAGCGAAGGCGGAGAUUUCUGGCCAAUCACGAGAGCUCUCAUAUGAUUGACAUAUGCCUUGGCCGAUUCACGAAGCUUUUACGGAGGAUGAUUCUGACCAAUCGCUAGCGCUGCUGGUAUGAUUGACACAUACGACAGCCAUUCACAACACAAGCUACGUCGGUCGGAUUCAUAUAAAUUAAAAGGGGGCAAGUCGCCAUCAUCAGACAGUCGAUUGUGUUGUUCGCUUACAGGAGGACAUAUUUAUUUUGUCGCGGUUUCCCAACUAUUUUGCCGGAUUCUCAGGCUUUUACAUCGCUCGCCAUUUUACCGCCUGACUGAUCGGUCGCUUGGACAACGGCUUGGACAAAGCCUUAUUAUUAUUAUUUUUUUUAGUGCAAUUAGGUCGAAAGGGAUGCAGCUGCAGACGGACCCCGACGUGCGCAAACAGUCCCUCGAUUUAAUCUCGUCGCAUUUAAUCGGAAAGAGUAGUUUUUCUAUAAACCGAAAGGGCCUCAGGGUGGCGUAUUCUCGACCGAGUGCUUGUUUAAGAUGCUUAAACGCCCACUAAUCGCUCGACUGUAAACUCGUAAAAAAAAAAGGAGAAGCAAGAGGACUGGGGGGGGGGAGAUAU